AUGGUCAACGCUGGCAUUGCACUUGUGGCUUUGGCCGGCCCAGCCUUUGCGGGCGUGGUGCAGAACAAUGGCUAUGACCAGGGUCAUGUUGGUCCAACUGCUCCCAUCAAGCCCCCAAGCUCUGAUAAGUGGACGACCACUACUGAGCCUCACUGGGUCACCAAGACGACCACUUACUUGACCACAUCCUGCCCAGUGACCCACUCUACUGUCACUUCUGGCACCAAGACUUUGACGGUCCCAAUCACUUUGACUGAGACACUCACCGUGACUACCACUACCGUCUGUGACUUGAACACCGAGGUGGUCGUGCCCACUGGAAUUGUAACUAGCAAGACUCUGGUCCCAACUUCUGUCACGACGACCGAGACGGUGUGCUAUACUUGCAACAGCACCACUGCUCCACCUCAUUCAACCACUUCUGUCCCUGGUCACAACACUACUACUAUUGUGCCUCCACCGAUCACUACCAAUGGUACCAUUGUUGUCCCCUCAACAAGCGUGCCUGGCCACCAGAACACAACUGUGAUCCCACCUGCACCAGUCCCAACCAUCAAUCCCGGACAGAACACUACUGUUGUGCCUGUGCCAUCCCCUAAGCCCGCUCCUUUCACCAACAGCACUGUUCCAUCAGUUCCCACUGUGCAGCCAGUUCCUGUUGCGCCUGGACAGCCCUCGACUCCUGCCCAGCCUUCUGUCCCUGGUCAGCCUUCUGUCCCUAGUCAGCCCUCUGUGCCUGGUCAGCCCUCUGUUCCUGGCCAGCCCUCUGUUCCUAGCCAGCCCUCUGUGCCUGGUCAGCCCUCUGUUCCUGGUCAGCCCUCUGUUCCUGGUCAGCCCUCUGUCCCUGGUCAGCCCUCUGUUCCUGGUCAGCCCUCUGUGCCUGGCCAGCCCUCUGUGCCUGGCCAGCCCUCUGUUCCUAGCCAGCCCUCUGUUCCCAGUCAGCCCUCUGUCCCUGGUCAGCCCUCUGUGCCUGGUCAGCCCGCCGCUCCCACCCAGCCCGCUGGUACCCCGGCGCAACCCUCUGGUGUCUCACCGGUGGGCCCAACAGAGACUCCUUUCACUGGCUCUGCUUCCCAGAGCUUCGAGCCUGCCGCCGGUCUCCUGGCUGGUGUCAUGGGUAUCAUGCUCAUGCUUUAG